AUGUACCGUCAGAUUCAAAUACACUCUGAUGAUCGCACUUACCAGCAUAUUGUAUGGCGAAAUUCCCCUUCAGACGAGCUUCAAGACUAUGAACUCACAACAGUUACUUACGGAGUAUCCGCAUCACCAUACCAGGCUAUUCGAGUCCUCCACCAAUUGGAACACGACGACGGCCACAAAUUCCCAUUAGCUCGUAAGAUAUUGUCCACCCAAACAUAUGUUGACGACAUUGUGUCCGGUGAUGAUACGGUGUCUGCGCUGCUGCAACGUCAAGCGGACCUCGUCCAGCUUCUGAUGCAGGCGGGUUUCGAGUUGAAGAAAUGGUCGUCAAACAGUCGUGAGGUCCUACGUCAUAUUCCACAAGGCGACCACGCAGUUCAACCGUCGUUUGAUCCCAAGGACGACAUGUCCGUCAAAAUAUUGGGACUUCAUUGGGAUCCCGUAACCGAUACUUUUAGCUACCAUACUUCACCAGUACCAUUGACCGUGACGAAGCGGGUGGUGUUGUCAACAAUAGCAAAAUUGUACGACCCGGUGGGCGCGAUAGCCCCAAUCAUUUUUUGGGCAAAGUCACUCAUGCAAACCAUCUGGCAGUCUGGUUUGGAUUGGGACGAUCCGCUACCACCGUCGUUGAUGACGUCUUGGGGGAAAUUCGCGUCUGAGCUACAUCUUGUUUGUGAAAUUAAGCUACCUCGACACAUAGUGGUUUCGACUCGACUUGUGACACAGUUACUUGGGUUCUGUGAUGCAUCUGAGAGAGGAUACGCAGCAGUGGUGUAUCUUCGCACGAUUGAUGUCAAUGGAGACAUAAAG